GGUUGUUUGAAGAUCUUGAGGGCGAAGACGUCGGCGAAGGAGUUGUGUUCCUUUCUACAGAAUGAUAUGCGCCGCGCCUAUUGCGUCUUGACAGGAAUUAACAAUAGCCUAACCAUGCAGAUCCCAUCAAUGGCGAGAUUGUUGAUGGUCCAAGUCCUCUUGCUAGCUAUCAGUACCUCCGUACAGGCUGCCGGAUGCGUAUCCACUGUCACGUGCUCGUGUACCGCAACCGAUUUCAUCUGCAACCAGCAUCAAAUUGUUUCAAAUAUGCCUACGGACAUCCCGGUCACUGUUAUCAAUAUUGUAAUACGACACAAUCAGCUAGCUAAUCUUACUUCAGGGCAGAUGGACAACUUCACCAGCCUCAGGAAGCUGGACUUGCGGAACAACAGGAUAUCCUUUGUCCCCGUAGAUCUCUUGGCCAAGAAUAUCCUUCUCGAAGAAUUGUAUUUGGCCAGUAAUCCCAUUGCCAGUAUUGAACAACCUUUGUUUUCAAAUCUCCCCCUUCUUCGAAUUCUUGAUCUUAACGGUUUGCACCAUGACCUCGUCAUUAGUUGGCACGUGUUCGAUAACUUGACAACCCUCUAUCGACUUGGCUUGGCUUCUAAUCAAAUUACCUCCAUCCCGAUAGAUGUUUCCCUAGCAACCGGUCAGCUAGAAGAACUGCAUUUGCAUUCCGACAGACUGUCAUCAUUGCCUCGACGGAUUUUCGACAGGCUCACCAAGCUUCGGACGCUGUAUUUGCAUACCAACAGACUGCCGUCAUUGCCUCCACGGAUUUUCGACAGGCUCACCAACCUUCGGCUGCUUCAACUAGAGGAUAACAAGAUUAAUUCAUUGCCCAGUUCGCUAUUCAAAAACAAUAUCAGACUCGAGACACUGCAUCUUCGGAACAACAAACCCCUCAGCAGCCUGCCAGCAUCCAUCUUUGGAAAUCUUCGAACAUUGCAAUUGCUGACCCUAGACCGAUGCAGUCUGACGUGGCUGGAUGCUAAGGUGUUUGAAAAUGCAACAAGUCUUGAAAAACUUGGACUCGCAUCCAAUGAAAUCCAGUUCCUUCCUCGAAAUUUAUUUUCAAAGAACGCUCAUCUGGCACACCUAUUUAUCGGUGACAACAAGCUUGCACGUUCCACAAACAAUCUGUGUCCGUUGGCAAGUGUAAGGAGUCAAUUGCAAGGUUUUCACGCCUCCUCAGCAGUAAAGAACAAGAUCUCUCAAAUGGUAAAUACUUGUUCUGGUGCAGCAGUAAAAUGUUACUUCCAAACCACUGCGUCGGAUUAUUUUUGUCACUGUCCCUUUGGCAAGAUAUUUACUGGAUCUUCUUGUGAAGCCAAAGCAACUUGUGACACUCAGGAUCGCUAUCAGACGUGCAACCGAUACCCAACCUGCAACAGUUCAUCUGAUAAUGUCUUCCACUGCCAAUGUGGCAGUGAGUUCACUCUGCAGGGUCCGAUGUGCAGCCUGAAGCCAGAAUGCACAAUGUGUGGACCGCAUGAAGCUUGCAGUCAGGUAUCAGGAGGAUACAAAUGUCUUUGUCCUCCUCACCAGUCAGCGCUUGUGAACUGCUCUGGAGCAAGCACUAGAUGUUCGUCUCAACACAACUCGACGUUCUGUCACUGCCCUCGAGGAAGCGUCUACAAUGGACACAUGUGCACAGACCGUACAACUUGUGACCCUGACGAUCGCUACAGCCCCUGCAGUAGACACCCAGUUUGCAACAUCACAGGCGCGGGACAUUACUGUCACUGUGGAGAGGAAUUCACUCUGAAUGGAUCAAUGUGCAGCAUUAUUCCAGAAUGUUCACUGUGCGGCCGUCAAGCAAGAUGCGUCGCUACCUCAGGAAUGCAUGUAUGCCGUUGUGUCGAGGGAUACACAGGGGAUGGAGGAAUCUGUCAAGAUCUGAAUGAAUGCUUGGGCUCAAACCGAAGUAUUCCAGUGUGCAGACCUUUCAGCACAUGUAAGAACACCAUUGGGAGCUAUGUAUGUGCAUGCGACUCAGGAUAUCGCGCCAUUCCAGGGAGACGCAUUGUUGAUUCUCCUGAAUGUCAAGAGAUUGACGAAUGUCAGGAAACCAGCAACGAUUGUAAAAAUGCAAGUAGGUGUGUCAACACCCAUGGUAGUUACUUUUGCAUUUGUCUCCCUGGAUUUGUGGCCAAGUCCGUAACAAAAACAGGAGAAAGUCAGUGUGAUGACGUAAAUGAGUGUACAGGAAAUCCAUGUGAUACUCAUGCUACUUGUACCAAUACAGCUGGCAGCUACACAUGCCACUGCAAACAUGGAUUUGUAUCAUGGAAAACACAAGGUGCAGGCAAUGGAACAGUGUGCGAAGACGAGAAUGAGUGCGUUCCUCUUCCUGGUGCUACUGAGCCAACGGCCAAAUGUCCAGACAAUAGCAAAUGUGUGAAUAUCCUGGGAAGUUACCAAUGCACAUGUGCAGCGGGUUUUGUACCGGUCCAAGGUUCAGUAACGGGUGCACCAACCUGUACUGACAUCAAUGAAUGCCUGGGCAGUCCAUGUGUUAGCGACGCGACGUGUAUCAAUUCUGCUGGUAGUUAUGCUUGCCAUUGCAAACGUGGAUUUGUACCAUGGCCAAAAUCAGAAACAAGCACAGAAACUACAUGUCAUGAUGAAAACGAGUGCGCUCCUCUCCCUGGUCGGACUAGUCCAUCAGCAAAUUGUUCCAGUACUAGCAAGUGUGUCAACACGAUCGGAAGUUUCCUAUGUACAUGCCUACAGGGAUAUGAAGUGAAACAGGACUCAACUUCUCAAGACAAGUGUGGAGAUAUCGAUGAAUGUCGAACCAGUCCAUGUGAAAGCAACGCUAUCUGUAAUAAUACAGUCGGAAGUUACUCAUGCCAGUGCAAACAUGGGUUUGUACCCUGGUUCAGGCAUGGAAGCGUUAUCUGUGAAGAUGAAAAUGAGUGCGUUCCACUAACGGGAGGUGCCUUGCCGUCAGCGGAAUGUCCAAAUAAUAGCAAUUGCGCUAACACAAUCGGAAGCUACAAAUGUAUUUGUGUGGAUGGAUAUGAAUAUGAACAAGGGUUGACUUCAGGCACACAGUGUACAAACAGCAACGAAUGCGAUGCGCCCGAGACUCACAACUGCCAUGCCAAUGCUACAUGCAUGGAUACCAAUGGUUCAUAUACAUGUUCUUGCCGAAAAGGCUACACUGGACCUGGAACGAAUUGUUCUGCUCUAAUACCCCCUCAGCAGAAGGAUGCAUCAACUCAGCUAACCUCCAUGUCACUCGGACUACUGGCGGUCUUGGCAUUUGUGCUUAUCGUGGCAGUGGUGCCGUUUGUGCUACUGUAUCGUGCCAGGAUCACAAAGGGCAUGGGAGUCGCACUGGAGCCACAGCUUAACGAGUUGGAUCUUGUACGGGUCUGCAACGAGGAUCGCUAUCAGCCACCGCCUGCAGCUCAGAGUGUUGGUCAGGAAGACCCAACGUCGCAAGGAUCGAUCCACAAGCAACAUGAUGAGAAAGAUGGGAGCUGUGUGGCUGACAACACAGACGUAUCCGCAUCAGAAGAUGACUUUGCUUAUGAAUACGUCGGUGCUGUGCAGCAAAGACCCUCGGCGACUCCAGAGGGUGAUUUUGUGUACGAAGCAGGUGGUGAGGUGGCGGAUAUCGCUGAAGCUGAUUAUGCAUACGUGACUGCUUCUCUCCCACCUGAUGCUACGCAACAAAGCCCCAAACCACAAGCCACUGAGAGCGAUUCCCAUGACGUGCAAACGGCAGAAGAGAAUACCUAUGUCAACGUUAAACCAGGCAACUCCUCUCCGAAGGUCGGGAAUGAUGGCAUUUACGUGAAUAUGGCUUGAUUUCAUAAUUCUAACACACAAGUCUAUCGAUUUUGUGCACCAUCAAUCAAAAUUGAAUUUCUCUGCAGCACCGAGCCACUCGUCGACUCAUUUUUCUCGCAACUGCUCUGCCAUACAUUCAGUGUCCUGCCAGUACACUUUCCAGAAUUCAACACCCUGAUCUUUGGGGAUACGUGACCGAGAUUUGACCGGCAUGAAUUGUGCAAUUUCACACACCUUUCAAAUGCAUCAUUUUGCAGCACAAUUAUCAGCUUCAUCACCAACGUUCCAUCUUUUCUUCUCGCUACAUUCCUCCACUUGGGAGGUCGAUGUGCCAAGUCACCGUCCCAUGUUUGUAUUGCAUACCAAAUCUGCUGGUGGCACGCUUGAGCAGAUAUGAGCAAAACAUCUCAACUCGGCUAUUUAGUCGCUAUUAUCAUCACGCUGGUGUGCAUAUCUGCCAAAACAUUUAGCACAAUUUCCUGAACAAUGUGUAUCGGAUUUAAUUGCAAGGUUUUCGAUUUCCUAUCACUUUUGGAAUUUCGCACACAUCAGCCAAGAGCGUAUCUUUGCCCCAAUUACCCGCUCUUACCCAUCGCAGAACAAAAGAAUAUUUUUCUCCUGUGGAAAAUUGUCUUCCGAACUUCACACAUAAUUAUACAUUUGGAAGUCUUCGUGCCCGACUUCAGUGCUAAAGGUCACACGUUUCCGCAGAAGUGCUGAAUGGACACAUAAACAAUGUUCUGUAUUUCCUGAUCUCCUUUGGGGUCAGUAUUACCUCCUCGUUUGUUAUCAUGCGCCUUGAUCCUUGAAGGGUGGUGGCAUUCCUACGGAUGCGGAAACUCGGCCUCUAGCCGAGUCUGACGCGAACCGUGAAUUUUUUUAUCGUUAUCAUGUUUCUACACUGUACACAAAUUCUUCACGGAGUGCUUUGCAUGCAUGCAUGCGUCUUUAUGUGUUUGUAAUUGUUGCUCGAUAAUGACACUGCCCCCUUUCCUCGUCUAUUAAUCCGUGUAAACGUUAGCGCCUAUGUAAAGGCUAGUCCUUGUUAGUUUCCAUGCUUCUUUUCAGUGAUUUUGCUAGGCAUCUUAGAACGUCUCUCUUUCAUUCUUGUCAGCACCUUUAAAAAAAUCUGCUUUCCUAAACAUUUCCGCGCAUGACAAGGCACACUGGUUGGUCAUGAUUGCUCGAUUUCAAACGUUAUUCACUUACAAGUUAUUCUGUUUGUGAAUGUUGUUGUGUCUGCUUUGCAGGGCAUUACUUCAGCAAAUCCAUAAUCUUCUCCUGUUUCAUUUUUUCCUUUUCCGUACUGGGUUUUAACCCUUCCACUUUUAAAUUUUCUAACUGAAAUAUCUUCCGAAUAAACUUUUCUCACCUA